AUGUUGAUUGAAACGUCAGCAAAUGACGGCCAGGCUCGAUUCAAUCGGCCAGGCCAAGUAUUAACGCGUAAUUACACCGCGCUGCCCAGGGCUCCGGAUAAGGGAGCUUUCGAAGAAAACGGUGCGCGCCGAGCGAGGACGAAGGCUCCGCCGGCCCCAGCGAAGUCGCUCAAGCCGCGCGUUAAUAAUGCACACAGACAAAACGCACCGCGCCGUACUUCGCUACCCGCUUUGUGCCGAUCGGGCGCGGUGCGUCUUCUAGCGAUAUAA